AGAACCGUCACCCCCAAACAAUGAGUGGUGGAGGGUGCGUUCUGCGUUGACAGCCAGCAUGAGCGGUGACAGGAGCCAUCGGUGCCUUGCCUCCUCGCACCACCACCACAAGCACCACCACUCCUGCCAUCACCUACAAGGGGGAGACUGUGAUGUGGCUGCAGGUGGAUAGGUUCGGAGGCCUCCAGAGAGCUGCCCAGAGUGAAGCUUGUGGUAUAGAGGGACAGCUGCUGAUUAUCAAGCUUAUGGAGUGACUGGAAGAAAGUGGGAGGAGCCUGGAAGGAGUGGUGGAGGUACAGUACUUGGAGAAAAUCCCUCCACCAUGACGACUGGGUGUCUGCUGUACAGUCCACCGACCAAUGAGCGGCAGUGGAUCUGUACAUGCGUGAGGUGGCGAGGGGCGUGGCCAGGGGGCGGCUAGCAGCGUGUGCCACCAGGGAAAUGUGUAUGAACAUAAUAAUAGGCGCCUGUCAAGAAAGGCACAGAUGCAGGGUGGUGAGGCAGUGUUCAUCCCAGGGGCACACCACACAGGGUCAGCAACACAGAUGGUGGUGGAGAGGCACCUGUGGGACGCCCAUGGGGAACACCAAACACGACCUUGACAGACAGAAGAGUUUAUUGAUGAAGUGUGGAAGAAGAGGAGGAAGGAACAAUGAUAUUCGACCAGCUGCGGCAUCUGGGGGCUUCACUUGACUGGGACAGCUGGGACAUGGAUGCAGCGAGAGACUGGCCUGUGUGUCUGUCUGUACAUCCGCACACCCUUGACCUCCAUGUCCACCCAGCAGGAGGAAGAUCUGGACACCUGUUACUCCUCUGGUCCCUCCCUUUGCCUCGCUGGGCUGGCCAGGUCAGGGGAGGGGAGAGACCAUGCUCGCUUCUACGCAACGACCUUGAAGACGGGUCACGGCAUCCUCUUCUGGGUGGCUCAGGUGGUCAUGCCGGGACUCGACUUGACGGGGAGGCUUUCCUUUGAGACUGUGCUGCUGCAUGGCCUCCAGGGUGAUGGUGGCGGCCACAAGACGUCCAAGUCCUGGGGCAGUGUGAUAGACCCCCUGGAUGUCAUCAGUGGGGCGUCCCUGGAGGUGUGUGACUUGCUGGUGCUGUGUGUUCUGUACUGGUGUUCAUUGGCUGUGGUGAGCAGUACCUUGACAGCAGGUACUGUGCGAGAGGGUGGAGGGGACCCUGAAUGCGGAAGAGGUACUCGCUUGUCUCGUAUGAAGUCCCCCACAGGCAUCCCAGAGUGUGGAGCUGAUGCCCUUUGGUCCACCCUGUGCUCCACCAGCUUCAGGAGUCAGUGUGGCAUAGAUAUAUGUGGAUGACUGUGGUGUCUUGUCUUGUGUGGAGUUACAAGAACCGUCACCCCAAACAAUGAGUGGUGGAGGGUGCGUUCUGCGUUGACAGCCAGCAUGAGCGGUGACAGGAGGUGUGUGAGACGCAUGACAGCUUUAGUGACAAGUUCAUGCAGGCAGUGGUGCAAUAUUAUUCCCUCAGCACUCUCAUUCACUUUGAGGGCUUGGAAACCACAGUGCCUUCAGAUUUGUGGAGAACCAUGGGUGCCUUGCCUCCUCGCACCACCACCACAAGCACCACCACUCCUGCCAUCACCUACAAGGGGGAGACUGUGAUGUGGCUGCAGGUGGAUAGGUUCGGAGGCCUCCAGAGAGCUGCCCAGAGUGAAGCUUGUGGUAUAGAGGGACAGCUGCUGAUUAUCAAGCUUAUGGAGUGACUGGAAGAAAGUGGGAGGAGCCUGGAAGGAGUGGUGGAGGUACAGUACUUGGAGAAAAUCCCUCCACCAUGACGACUGGGUGUCUGCUGUACAGUCCACCGACCAAUGGAAUUGCUGUCUGAGGUGUGUGUGUGUGUGUAGAAGCCACCAUCAUCAACCACAGCAGGUGAUAAUGAUGUUUCCUGCUUUCAUCCUCAUUGGGGCUAGCCAGACCAACUUGGGGCUGUACUGGGGUGACGCUGUGUGCCUCAGGUGGGUCUGGAGGGCUGAGAUAGUGAGAAGGUAACAAUUAAAAAGGACUAGUGUACACUUAAACCAUUACAAACACUAUGUAAUGCUGGUAUACACACACAAACACUGGUUUACACAUAGAGACAUAUAUAAACACUUGCUAUGGUUUGUAUACUCUUAGAAACACACAUAAACUCUUAAUAAGUCUAGUAUACACACAAACUUGUAUACAAACACUAGUAUAUAUUUAGAGACACAUCCAAAUCUUUGCUAAGUCUGAUAUAAGCACAUAAACUCAUAAGAUGCUGGUAUAUGCUUGGAAAUCUAUACACACAUUUGGUUAGGCUAGUAUACACAAAUCUAUACAUAUAUUAGGAAUUUAUUGAAUGAUUGAGAUGAUUAGUUCUCUCUCUCUCUCUCCUCUCUCUCUCUCUCUCUCUCUCUCUCUCUUUCUCUUUCUCUUUCUCUCAUAUCCUUUGUCUAUCUCAAAUUUUCUCUUUUAAUCCCUCCCUCUCUGUCUGUCUGUCUGUCUGUCUGUCCCACACUUCAAUACACCCUUCCUGUCUUCAUACACUUUAGUACACCCUUCCUGUCUGCCCCUGGACCUUAAUACACCCUGUAUCACCCUUGCAUCUCAUUAAACUAUCCCUGUUUCUCCUUCACCUCAAUAAAUCCUGUCUAAUUUCCCUGUCCGGGUGUUUGUCUCAUCUUAUUACACCCUGUCUCUCCCUGCUUCUUGUUGCACCCUUCCUUUCCCCUACACCUCAAUACUCCCUUCCCACCCUGUGUCAUGUGUAUAUAUUGAAAUAUUUAUAUUCAUUUGUGGCAUUCUUCAUGUGUUUUUGGGGUGUUUUGAGUGUGUUUGGGUGUGUUUGGGUGUUUGGGUCAGUUUUGGGUGUGUAUUUGGGUGUUUUGGGUGUGUUUUGGGGUGUUUUGGGUGUGUUUUAGGGUGUUUUGGUCAGUAUUGGAUGAGUUUGGGUGUGUUUUGAUGUGUUUUCGUCAGUUUUGGAUGAGUUUGGGUGUGUUUUGGGAUGUUUUACGUGUUUUUUUGGGUAUUUUAAAGGAGUUUGGGUGUGUUUGGGUGGCUAGGGGUGUGCUGUGGGUGGAUAAGACUGUUUUUGGGUGUUUAAGUGGGUGUGGAUGCGUUUUGGGGUGUUUUGGAUGUGUUUUGGGGUGUUUUGGAUGUGUUUUGGGGUGUUUUGGAUGUGUUUUGGGGUGUUUUGGAUGUGUUUUGGGGUGUAGAGAGAGAGACGUGAUGUGUGCAGGGUGCCUCAGUCCCUGGAUGGGUGUAGGAGUACGUGGUGGUGCUGUCUGGGUCUCGUGGUGUGGGAGUGCAUGUAAAGGAACAGAUAAUUUAAGACAGUUUAUCAUAUUUAAUUAUUUUGUAUAUUAAUUUAUUUACUAUUAUCUUUAUUUUUUUAUUGUUUUUAAUUAAAGGGGGGUUAAUUUUUACGUUCAUCUUUUGUGUUUUUGUGUUCGGGAGUGGUUAGUGGUGCUAUUGACAAAAAAAAAAAAAAAAAAAAAAAAACAGGGAGAUCGUUUUAUUUUUUAGUGUGGAAAUUGUUGCAGUUUGUCAGGUGUUGAUUGGUGUUGAGAGUCGCAGGUCCCGUCUCGCCCUCUGUCAUAAAAUAAACAGUAAAGGGUUGGUUUUCGCUGAUAGUUUAUUUCCUUUAACGUAAACAUGUAAUGAUAUACCGUAUUUGAUAGCUCAUAAGACGCUACUUUUUUCUCAGAAAAAGGGUCAGUAAAUUAGCCUGCGUCCAAUGAGGCAAAGGUCCAACUUUGAGGCAGUAAUAGGUUACAAGUCUACGGCAACAGAGGCUCUAAAUUCAAACCACAGAUGUCUUUGCACAACUAAAUAAAGUCAUGAUUGGUAGUACGCCACAAAAUGCUCUUUCUUUCAAGGUACCAAUGUGUAGUAUCUCAUACUUACUGGUAAUCCACAUAGACUUUGACCAGUCAGGAAGAAUUUGCUUAACCAUGCACCACUUCUUCUUGGAGUUUUGUUGGGGCAGUGUAGGUUGUGAUGUCACAGCCUUUGAUGCCCCAAAGGUGAGGUAUCCAAUUAUAAUAUUAGACUAGAUGUGAUGGAGCUGGUUGGAUUUGUGGAGAAGGUUCUGGCAAGGUGGAGAUGGUGCACCACGUUUUUCAAAACAAACGCGGUCGGUUGCGCUCCGACGUGACGUACUCGGUGACACCGAGUGUGACGCCGUUACUGAUUGAGGUAAGACAAUAGCCACACUUUCAUACAAUUAAAAUUGAACCUAUCUUUUUAACAUUCUUGCUUUGCAUACAUAUGAAAAAGAUUGAAGCUAGAGAAACUUUUCUUUUAUGAAAAUAGACUAAUACACCUUGAGAACGAAUAUUUCUUCUAUAAAGGAAUUGAGUGUCAUGGGAUAGGCUGGCUUGAGGUGAUGAUCUGCAUAAUAUUCAUGUAAUAGCUUAUGCUUUUACACAUCCUUUGGCUUUGAAAAUGUACUAAAAUACUGCAUAAGAAUUACAUGUGAAAGAUGCUAAAAAAUAAAGUAUGAAAAAAUUUUAUUAUCACUGUAGUCCCUCAGUUAAUGGUGCCGCCAAGAGCUAGGUGCAGUUAAUGUUUACAUUCAGCUGAACCGCAUUAAGACUGAAACUCCCCUGCUUACCACAUCUUUUGGGCACUAGAGGCUGUGACAUCACAGUCUGCAUGGCCCCAACUAAAAUACCAAUAAGAAGAUUGUGUUUACACGUCAGCAGGAUUGGUACAAUCUUGUCUUUCAAUACCCUCAACCGAACCAUUACGUUCUGGCUUUCAAGGCCCGCAACCUUACCAAGAUUUGACUCCAGAAAUCCAACCAGCUCCACUGUAUCUAGUCUGAAACACUACCUGUAUACCACACCUUUGGGACGCCAGGCUGUGAUGUCACGGCCAUCACAGCCUCAACAAAACCCCAAAAAGAACAAGUAAGCUGCUAGCAUAAAUUAAACUUUUAAAUGCUGAGUAUUGGUAUCUAAUAGUGAUCUAAAUGCACGUGAGAGUCUUCAAAUGUCGCUUGAAUUCCUUGACUUCAUAUCGAUAGCCUAAAUCUGUUAAUUUUUGUUUUUUUCUAUUUCAAUACAUGCCAGAACUGGGUGCGUCUUAUGAGCCCGUGCGUCUUAUGAGCCAUCAAAUACGGUAGGUACAUUAUCAUCCGAAGGUACAUUAUCAGCUGAAGGCGCACUGCCACGUGCAACCUGUUUUAGGGGUGUGAUACAACACAAAUAUAAAUAUAAAGAUAUAUAUACAUAUAUAUACAUUCUUUAUGGACUUAUGUUAAUAUUGUUAGCAGGAGGGUUGGGAACGAGCCCCUCCAGUGGUGUGCUGUUAACUUCACGUCCUGGGUAUCCAUCCCCCUGAUGUGAGGGACGGAGGACGCGAAGACGUUCCACAGUCUGGGUGAUGCAGAGGAAUGACUGAGAAGAAAGGAAGGAAGAAAGGGAGGAGGAUACAAGAAAGAAGGAAGGAAGGAAGGAAGGAAGGAAGGAAGGAAGGAAGGAAGGAAGAAGAGGAGGACAAGAAGGAAGAGAAAAGGAGGACACUCUCUCUCUCUCUCUCUCUCUCUCUCUCUCUCUCUCUCUCUCUCUCUCUCUCUCUCUCUCUCUCUCUCUCUCUCUCUCUCCCACAGACCCACAGGAUAUCCCCCCACAGGAUGUUGACAAACCCCACAGUCACUCCCCUCAGCCCCUCUCUCUCUCUCUCUGUCUCUCACCUACCUUCAGGCCCAGAAUAGGAACCCUGUCAGUGCCCGUCAGGAACUUCAAAAACAACUUCUUCUGCUCCAGGGAGAGUUUGUGAAAUACUUCCCAGAACGUGCGUAUGACCGGGUGGUCUGGGAAACAUUCGCCCUGGAAACACCGACAGAAAUCAAUAAACGGAAGGAUAUUAGUGUGAA